AUGCGCACACGGGUCCGCCGCUGCGCCGCCUCGGAGGCCACGCCCCGCGUUGCCAUGGCAGCCGCGUCCCCCCGCGGCGCGCGGAGCGGCCUCGCGGCGGGGGUUGCCGGGGCAACGGGGGCGGGGCUUCAGGGGGCGGGGCUUGUGUCCCCGCCCCGGGCUGGCGGCGGACCGCGGGGGGUCUGGGGGCGCGGGCCCGGGGUUCGAGGCCUGCAGCAUCUCCCGACCUGCGCCUUCCCCCCAGACGCCACCCCCGAGCCCGGGGCUCCCAUGUGGGCGGUGGCAGCUGCCCCAGCACUGCCCGUUCGGGUGGGUGAGCCGGCCGGGGGCUUCCUCGACGUCCCCCGGGGCGGACGGAGCUCCCUGGCAAUGGAGAUGCCAGUCGGCCCGGGGGCCCGGACAGCCUCUGCGGAGGCCGAGAAGGCGGGUUUGCCCGCGCGGGCCGGGGGCAGCGUGUCUCCGGGGACCAGGCUGCGGGCGGGCAGGACCCGGGGCCGCCGGGGGCGCGGGGGGGUCUCCGCCCAGGGCAUGCCGGGAGCAGAGGCGGAGGCCGCGCGGGUUGCAUCAUCCCUGCGGGAGGAGCUGGGGAUGCUCCGAUCGGGGGCCCCCGCCCCCCCGCUGCGGGAGCCCGCGGGCUUUGUCCCCCGCGCCCGGGCGCUUGUGCCGCGGGCCUCCCGGGGCUUGUGUGCGGGGGGCGGGGGGCAGGUGGGGGGCCCCGCCAGAGGGGUCGGGGGAGGCCGGCGCGGGAUCCCCGCGGGCGCGGGUGGGCGGGGGUCCGGGCCCCCCAGGGCGCGCGGGGCUGCGCGUGGACGGGCCCGCGUGCGCGCCGAGGUCAGCUCCCCGGCCCCGGCGCCCCGGCUCGCCGGCCGCGGCGUCGGCGGUGAUGUCACGGCUCAGCCCCGGCCCCCCGCCCCCUCCCCGUCCCCGAGGCGGCCGCGCGCCCGUCCCUCUCCCCGCGCGACGAACCAGCUGGCGGCUGGGGCUCGGGCGCCGCUUGCAGCCAACCAGCGCGGCGGGAGGGGCGCGGGGCGGGCCGGGCCGGGGGCGCGCAGCCCGUCACGCGGUGCCGCCGUCACAGCGCCCAGCGAGCCCCGGAGCCGCCGCCGCCGCAGCUCCGCGCUCGGGGACCCGCGCCCCGGCCAGUGCCCAUGCGGGGCCGCCGCCAGUGACGCCGGAGAGCGGCUCCGCGGCGGCCCCGGUGCGGAGCUCCCGGCCGGAGCGCGUCCUUGUCGCCGCCGAGGUGCGGGCGCCGCGCGCGCGGCCCCUUCCCCCGUUUCCUCCUCGCUUCCUCCCCGUUUCCUCCCUCGUUCCUCCCCCGUCCCCGAGGAGAACAAUGGGGCAAAUUCAGGGGUGUCCCCUGCGCCCCCGGCCCCGCGGGUCCCCGGGAAGGGCCGCGUCGCUGCGGCGCCGGCUCCCAGGGUCGCCGCCGGGGGCCUCUCCGGAGCCCCCUGCCUGGCUGCCGCGCCGACGCGGUCCUUCCCGGGGGCGGGGGGGCGGGCUAGGGCGCGGGGGGAGGGCGGUGCUGGGCCCGGGCGGCGCGGGCGGGGCGCGCGGGGGCUGCGGCGCGAGGCCGGCGGGGUGCGCACCGCGGGGACGGCCCUGCGGCGUCUCCCCGCGUCCCCGUGCGCGGGCUCAGGGCGGGCUGUCGGCGGCCGGGCCCGCGUCUACGCAGCCAGCGCCCGUAGCAGGUGCGGCCCGCGGCGGCGCGGAGACCCCGCCUCGCCCUGGAGGCUGCGGCUCGCGGGUCCCCCCGAGGGCGGCGGCGGGCGCGCCCGCGGCCGCACAGCCCGGACCUUCCCCGACGGGCGGCGCUGCAGGCUGGAGGCCGGGCCGGGGCUGCGCUGCGGGUGCGAGGCCGCCGCCCGAGGUCGCGCCCGAGGCCGCCGGGACGGCGCGCACAGCCCCGCGCGGCACCGCUCCAGCCGCCCGCCGGCGGGGUCCGCGGGCCGGGGUGCACCUGCGGCGGCCAUCUUGCAGGUGUGGUUGGCCGCGCGGCCCCGCGGGACAGGUGCGCAGCAGGUGCGGCGGCCGCGGCCGGGCGAGGGAUGCUCCGCGGGCGGGGCUGCGGCGGACGCGGAGGGGGGCGGGGCGGGCGGGUCCGCAGAGGGCGCCGCGGGGCGCAGCCCGGCCCGCCCCGCGCCAGGCCCCCUGCAGGCGGCGGCCCCCCAGCCCGAGCCUCGGCGGGUGCGGAGGGAGGGCCCGCUGGACGCCCGCACACCGCCCUGCGCGGGCAGCCCCGAGGGCAGAGCCACCCUCCCCCUGCCUGUCCCCCUCCGGGGCUCCCCGGGGCGGCCUCCGCGGACCCGGCCGCCGAGUCCCCCCCAGGCCUCGGACUCCGUGUGGGGCGCCCGAGGGGUGCAGGCCCUACUGAGCCCCAGCCUCCCCCGAAGCCCCCGGCCCCUCCGCAGCCCUUCCGGGGGCCUCUGUGGCCAUGCCCCCACCCCCGGCCAGCUUCCCCCCUGCUUCCGGAACGCCUUGGGGCCUGUUCACGUUGGGGAGGCCCACGGGGCAGUAGAGGCGCUGCUGCCGGAUUCCGACCGGAGCCCGGGAUGGGGGGUGCGGGCGUCCAUCGGCAGGCAGGCCUGGCUUCCGGUCUGGGAGCUGGGCGCGCGAGGCCCCGUCCCCCUCGGCAGCAUGCGGGGUGCCAGCGCCCGUACCGAAGCACUCACUCCUGCCAGGCUGUGGAGAGGAAGCUUCCGCUGCUCGCCUGGGGGUGUUGGCAGCCACCGCUCUACUUCGGGGAAGGCCGCCGUCCGGGGCCGCGGCGCCCGUGGGGCAGGGCUGGCCCUGGGGCUGGGCUCGGCCCGUCGCAGGCCGCCCUCCCCACCGUCUGUCCACGGGCUCGUCCUCGUGCUCCCCGCCCACGCUCCGGGCUCCGCGACGUGGGAGCUACGCCAGGCGCCCGCGGUCCCUGAGGGCUGGGCCCACCCGUGUCUGCGCUGCCCGGCCCUCGCGGGGCCGCAGCCCGUCUUCCCCGAGUGGCCGGGCCCGGCCCGUGGCUCCGUGGUCCUUGCCACCGGUCACGUCCUCGCCGCGCACGGCCCUGGCGCCCGGCCCCUCACCCUCUGCCCCUGUGGGGGACGCGGCCCGGGGACGGCGCCCGCGGAGGGUCGGCAGGACAGGCCUCCGGCUCAGGGCCUCCCGGGCAGCUCCGCAGGCGCUCCUCGGGCCCGGCGGCCUCCCUGCCUCUGUCCUCCUCCUCGCCUGGCCUCGAGGCUGGCCAUCGGGCCUCGCCAGGCCCUGCCCGGCGGUGGCAGCCUCGGCGGCACCUGCGGCCUGAGACUCCGCCCCCGAAGGACCACGUCCCACUUUCCCGUGUCCCCAAGCUUCUCCCCCAGCUCUGUGGAGGGGGGCUGGCCCUCCUGCCGCUCUCCAGCACGCGGCGUGGCCGAGCAGCGAGCCCCAGCCAGUGACCCCUGCGCCCCCUGCCACAGGCAGGCCUGGCUCCCUCCCCUGCCAGGUCACUCAUCACUCUGA